AUGGACUGCCAUGACGCCAUGGACUGCCAUGACGCCAUGGACUGCCAUGACGCCAUGGACUGCCAUGACGCCAUGGACUGCCAUGACGCCAUGGACUGCCAUGACGCCAUGGACUGCCAUGACGCCAUGGACUGCCAUGACGCCAUGGACUGCCAUGACGCCAUGGACUGCCAUGACGCCAUGGACUGCCAUGACGCCAUGGACUGCCAUGACGCCAUGGACUGCCAUGACGCCAUGGACUGCCAUGACGCCAUGGACUGCCAUAGCGCCACGGACUGCCAUAGCGCCAUGGACGGCCAUGGACUGCUGCUGCUCCAGUCGCUGCUGCUGAUGGACCAAUGCCAUGACGCCAUGGACUGCCAUGACGCCAUGGACUGCCAUGACGCCAUGGACUGCCAUGACGCCAUGGACUGCCAUGACGCCAUGGACUGCCAUGACGCCAUGGACUGCCAUGACGCCAUGGACUGCCAUGACGCCAUGGACUGCCAUGACGCCAUGGACUGCCAUGACGCCAUGGACUGCCAUGACGCCAUGGACUGCCAUGACGCCAUGGACUGCCAUGACGCCAUGGACUGCCAUGACGCCAUGGACUGCCAUGACGCCAUGGACUGCCAUGACGCCAUGGACUGCCAUGACGCCAUGGACUGCCAUGACGCCAUGGACUGCCAUGACGCCAUGGACUGCCAUGACGCCAUGGACUGCCAUGACGCCAUGGACUGCCAUAGCGCCAUGGACUGCCAUGACGCCAUGGACUGCCAUAGCGCCAUGGACUGCCAUGACGCCAUGGACUGCCAUGACGCCAUGGACUGCCAUGACGCCAUGGACUGCCAUGACGCCAUGGACUGCCAUGACGCCAUGGACUGCCAUAGCGCCAUGGACUGCCAUAGCGCCAUGGACUGCCAUAGCGCCAUGGACUGCCAUGGACUGCUGAUGCUCCAGCCGCUGCGGCUCCAGUCGCUGCUGCUGAUGGACCAAUGCCAUGACGCCAUGGACCAACGCCAUGGCGCCAUGGACCAACGCCAUGAGACAAGCUCAUAUCGCCACCACUCCUGCACAGACAGUUUAAUGCGCAGCGAGUGA